AUGGCGACUGGGAAGGCUACGCCGUUGCCAGCCGACGCGAAGCGGUGCGUCGCGGCUCGAACUCACUUUCCCAGAAGACACGGCUGAUAGAGCCCAACACCCUGUCCGAACCGUUGCCAAUCCGCGGUGUGCGCUCGUGCCAAUCUCUAGACUGCGCACCAUCAUCAUCGCCACGCCGUUCCUCGUCGGCUCCUCGAUCCUGCUCUAUAAGAGACUCAUGCUGGGAGAGGAGCAGCGCCUGCUUCCGCGGCCCACACCUCCGACACAACACAUGAUUGGUCGCAUCAAGAAGGCUGAACAAGCGGCCCAGCGAUGA